AUGGUUUUGAAUCCCUCCAAGUACCAGGACACGCGMACGUGGAAGAUGACGCCCGCCAUGAUCCGGGCUCGCAAACCCUUCUUCAAGGGCAAUCUGCUCGGGCUCACGGUGCUGCUGGGCAUCACGGGUUCCGUCUACUACUAUACAUACAGCUUCCUGCACAAGGACAACGACUUUGCAGACGUGCCCAUCCCGCCCAUCGACGCGAAGGAGCUCGAGGCUCUCAAGAAAGAGUACGAGGCCAAGAAGAAGACCUGA